GAUCUAGCCAUGAAUCCCUCUCUUUCACCUUGAUUUAGGUUGGGUUUACCUUAAUUGCUUUAUUCCCUUCCAAUUUCUGGUAGAGCCGUGAGUUUCCCCCUGUACUGCCGCCGGUCUUUCCCCAACUGUAGCUCCGGUUUUUGGCUGGAUUUCUUGGUGCUGUCCUGUGCUUGCCCGAAUUUUGCUAAAAUGGGGGAGGAAUUUUCGGUAGCAUGUGGCAGUAAAUUAAAUGUGUUUUUGUGCUCGGUUUAUGUAGAAUUAGCUUAAUUUGAUUGUUGUGAGGUUAAUUGUGUGAAACCCCGUGAAUUAGCUAUGUUUUGCCAAUUUUGGGAGUUGAAGUUACUGUUCACGGUACUGUUCAUAGGCACUGUUCACACACCGAGGGCCAACAAUUAACGGGGAUUUAAAUGAUUAGUUUGUGAUAUAAGAAUAAAUGUGGAGAUUGAUAGAAAUAGCACUGUGACCAGGGGUAGUGCUAAAGAUGAUUUCAUUGUAAAAUUGUGGUGGUAUGGUUAUUAAUUGUGGAAUAUUGUGAUUAGGUUUUGAUCGUUCUGUCACCGUAGUACUUGGGUUAGCCUUCUGUUCUGUGCAAGUGAGAUGGUGGCAAGGUUUAAAUUGAUUCUAAAUUGAUUUUAUCAGCAUCUGAAUGUGAUUAAACUGAAAUGGAAAUUGUGAUGGUUUUUAUGAGAAUUUCACUAUUUUUCUAGAAUUGAGCAUGAUUGGGGUGAAAAUGGGAAUUUCAUUGUUUUCUGGAAUUGAGCAUGAUUGAAAUGAAAAGUGAGAAUUUCAUUGUUUUUCUGGAGUUAUUGCACCGAGCAUGAUUGGUUUGAAAUGAAACUGUUUUCAUUGGUAUUGAGUAGAGCAUGCCUAUUUGGAAUUGACUGAACUGUUUUGAUGAACUGAGAGUUUACAAAUUCUGAGUUUUCUGAUAAAUCUAUGCCCACAUGGAUUUUUCUGGUUAUUUCUGAAAUUGGGAUUGAUUGUGAAAUUCGGGUUCUCUGUAAACUUUGCAUGGUUUUGUCUCGGAUAUAGUCAUGAUUACUAAUUACUGUGCCCGCUAGCGGGAGGUUUAUAAACGCUAGCACAUGUCGACAUGUAUUUCUGUAGAACCGGUUCACCCUACCAAUGGGGGUUAAACAUUGGUAAUUACUGUCGCCUGCCAGUGGGAGUUGUAAACACUGGCACCAUUACUGUCGCCUGCCAGUGGGAGUUGUUAAACACUGGCACUUCUGUAACCUUGCCUAUGGGGUUAAACAUUGGCAACUACUGUGCCCGCCAGUGGGAGGUUUAUAAAUGCUGGCCAUGACUUAUAGAUGAGACUACUGAACUGAGUUUUAUUCUGCAUGAACAGUUUGUCAUGAAGGCUUUGAUAUUGAACUGAAUCUGAUUCUGUUUUAAUGGUUUGUCAUGAAACGUUUUGUUAUUGAACUGAAUUUGAUUCUGUUUUAACGGUUUAUCAUUGAAAGUUCUGUUAUGCUUACAUGGUUUGUCUGGCAUGUUUAAAAGUUUUACCCAAGGGCUAUCCAUAUUUACUUACUAAGUUAUCUCAUAGUUUUCCUUGUCCACCAUUUCAGGAAACGAAACUAAGGACGGGGAAAUCGAGGGGA